AAGAAGAAGAAGAAGAAGAAGAAGAAAAUCGCGCGGCCGAGAAAAUGAGUGAGCUGGAGGAUAUCAGUCUUCACAUUCAUGACAGGAUAUCAUCCUUACAACGCAUGCUGGAUCUAUCAGUUGUUGAAUUGCCUCAAAAUAAGAAUAGAAAACUUGGACUAGAAAUGUUUGCACUGGAGAACCUUUUAGAAGAGUUUGAAAAACAUGUCUGCCAACAGAAGGAGAAACUAAAGCAUUUGAAGGAUCUUGAGAAGGUAUUGAAGAAGGAGGUGGAAGAUGUUCAUCACAUGAAGGACAACAUACCGGCACACAUGCCCAUGACAAAAGUCCCAACAAAUGGAAAUGAACCUGUUUUGAACAAGAAUGAAGCAGCAGAUGAUCAACUUGUCCAACCAGAAAAUGUAAAAAAGACCAACAAAAGCAUCAAAGAGAUGGAGUUUAUCACUGUACCAGAGUUUGAGAACAUCCCACCGUACAUGAAAGGACGUGUUUCAUAUGAUCAAAUUAAUGCUGUGGUGCAGAGCAUUAACAAAGCUGUAACAGCCAAGUACAAGAUCCUCCAUCAGUCAGUGAAAACUCUGAGUAAUCAUUCACGCAAACUUCACCAACGCUUCAAGGACCAGGACACGAAAGAUACAAAAGGUCAGUAUUUUGUGGUGGAGGAUGACAUUCGGGAAUUUACACCAACGAGGGUGGACAAACGAUUUCAGGGGAUUUUGAACAUGCUUCGACACUGCCAGCGUCUGCGGGAGCAGCGAGGGAGAGGCCUCACCCGCUAUAUUUUGUUAUGAUUGAAGACUCAGUCACAUUAUGCUUUCAGUUUAUUUUCUUUUUAAACCAACAGUGAUUGUAAAUGUGUGUAUUACAAAUAAUUUUUUUUCUAAAUUGCUGAAAUAAAAGUGGAAUAAUAUUUGAAA